AUGCCGAGAAAGCGAGGCCCAGAUGGAUCAAGUCGAGCAAAGGUGGUUUGUGUGCGAUGCCACAGUCGCAAGGUCCGCUGCGAUCUUGAGGCUCGACCAAAUGGAGUCUGUAGUCGGUGCGAACAUGAAGGCCGUGACUGCCAACUAAAUAUCGGAUCGCGUAAACGAAAGGCAUUUCGCACUUCACUGGCCGCGCCUAGUACUCACAAUUCGCCAAUUCGAGCAGACAUCAGCUCUCAAGAGUUGACGCCUUCGUCACUGAAUGUACUAGGGAACAGAGUCCACCACUGCCCGGCCACAGAUUAUGAAACCCCUCAAAAUCAUCUGCUGCUGGGCAACGGAACCAAUGAGACCGAUCUUAUAGUACAGACAACCCAGGCUGAUAUUCUUCCCCCGCCUGUGAUUUCUCAGGCUUUAUCGGACUUUUAUUUCAGUGAGUUGUACCAUUUGGUUCCUGUCCUGGACCGGGGCCAAGAGGAAUUGAAACGGUCACUUCUGCUCCGACAAGCACUCUCUUUCGCCGGCAGUGGAAUGCGUCGAUCGACCGAAGGACCCAGUGAAUGGUCCACACUCGCGAUCUAUAAACGGAUCAAGACAUUGAUAUCUCUUGACUAUGAGCCAGAGCCUCUGAAUGUUUUGGGCUCUCUGUGUAUAUUGGCCUGCUAUCCUAUGCACUCAACUCAUGAAGUUGCUUUGUAUAACCCUUGGCAGUGGGCUGGGAUGGCCAUCCGACUCGCUCUUCAAUUACAACUGCAUGAAGAAAACACAUAUGUGCAAUUUAAGCAUCCUGGAAUAGUCAGGAGGACUUGGUGGUACUUGUUCAUGAAUGAUACCAUGCAAAUGGGCUGCUCGGGACGCCCGGGAAUGUUUCCACUCAGCGAUUGCAAUGUACGGCUACCGACAGUUGCUGAUUUCAAAAUGCCCACCGCAGAAGCGCAAGUUUUUUGUGCGAUGGUCACCCUCUGUCGGGAACUUAAAGAGGUUCUGCAAAUGGGAAAACUCGACAACGUCUCGCAAGUGCAAGUCUUCACAAAACUUACCAUGCUCAGAGUCUGGAGGGAAGACCUGCCACAUGAUUUACAUCUCUUCGAUGGAACAAAAGAAAUCAGACAACGAUACAAUCGAGCAGUCGCCGAACUUCACAUAUUCUACCUGACAACCAUCAUUCUGACUUGCUUUCUCGGUCGUCGCGAAAACUGCCCGUUAUUAAAAUGUGCCUCCAUCGUUGCAUCGUCAUGCAUUUCCCGACUAUAUGAGGAGAUUCUCUACCACGAAGGCACUCCUUUUCUUCUGCCAAUCCAUGCUUGGGCAAACUUGGUGGCUUCUAUCCCUCGAACUUUCAGCAAGGAUGAGCAGAUUCCCAACCAGGCUAAUGAGAAACGCAUUUGCCGCAUUGUUUUGGAGAAGAUGAGCGAGAAACAUCCCGCAGUCACGUUGGUACAGCAGCGGAUCGAUGAAAUCGGCCGUUUAGGAGCGAGUGUUUUCAGCACGCCUGAUAACCCCGCAGAUGUACAAAAUACGGCUUCUCUGCCCUCUACAGAGACAACAGGGGAAAUACUUGCUCUGUUCCCUUUUUCGUUGAGCUUUUGCCCUACCCUGGAGCUAUUUGCGCCUGACCCCGGUGAGACUGAGCAAAGUGAUUUAUUCUCAGAUCUUCUUAUCGAUAUCAAUAACUGGGACUGGCCUGUCGAUUGGUCUUCAUUUCUGUUCUAG